CUGAUGUACGUAGCGGUCCUUCCGGGUGAAGCGAUGUAGCUCAAGUCUUGUUCGGCUACAGCUGUUUCACCAUUAGAUUCAACCUGCUAACGGAUUACUAAACUAUCAGCACAGUAUACUUACACCACUGAUAACGAUUACUUUACACUAGCUAGCUACAUAUCUUAAUUUUAACGACCUAUUUGAGUACCGGUAGCUUGUUACCUCUUUAGCCAGCUAGCUAGCGAGCUGGGAGCUAACGCGUGUUACACGUUAGCGAAAAUGGUAGUCUGGUGGAUGAGACCGGGUGGAAGGCUAUGAAAUCCAGCUCCUGGUCGGGAUAGCUUGGGGGGAAAGCCAGGUAGGCUACCUUGUGUUGCGUGUACUGUCAUACUAGUUAUCUUUGGUUGAUUUAUUAUUGUGGUUAAUUUGAGAAUGCAUGCCAGAGCAGCUAACUAACGAAUCUUCUGUCACGUUAACUGGUUUGGCCAUAGUUAGCCGCGCAUGCGCCGAUGGUAGGCUAUAGUAGCUAGCUGGAUAUUGAAAUACAGCAAAUGACGUUGUGUAGCUUUUAUUAUUCUACUAGCCAGCUAACGUUAUCCAUGCAUCCAUGUUUUAAAAAAGUUGUCAAGGAAGGUUGUUUGGGUGAUGUUGUGUUGGCAGGAUGCUGCAGGGACUGUACGGAAGUCUGGAUCGGGAUAAGCCGCUGAUCCGGCUGCCUUUCACGCACUUCGCCGUCGGGACCGUCUUGCUGGCUCUAACCGGUCUAAUAGCCUGCCUCGUCAUCUCUCUGAUGUUCCAUUUCGAUGAGUCUACCUAUACCCACUGUCAGGUGAGUAGUUCACCUCCCUUUCGGUCUGUGUCUUUCUGUCUCUGUAUGUCUUGCCUUCCUCUCUCUCUCUGACUCUUCCUAGGGAGGUUUCCCUCACCACUGUCCUUGCUUUUGGGUAGUUAAAGGAAAACUCCUCCCAAUAAUUUUUGUAUUUAUUUGUUUUAUUAGUCCAUGGCUGUUAUUGUCCCACAAUGUAUUACAUGUCAGCAUUCAAGAUACAUCACUUUCAAAAUACGGAAAUAUAGCAGGUAUGAUGCAUUUUGCAUCAUAUGAUGCUGCGUUCUGCAUCAAAUGAUGCAAAAUUCAUCAUACGGCUCUAUUUAUGUAUUUUAAAAGUUACAUCUUGAAUGCUAACAUGCAUUACAUUUUGGGACUAUAUCAACAAUGGACUAAUGAAACGAAUACCAAAAUAUACUUUUUGGGUGGAAUUUUAAUUUUAAUAAGGGCCUAUGUUGCACUUUGAUAAAUGCAGUAUUAGCUUUGCUAUAUGCAGAAUGUGCUACACUACACAUGCUACACUACUGGUAAUACUGACAAUGUGUGUGUAUCACUUAAUUAAAUACAGCAUUGUAGAAUGUGCUACACUACAUACACAAAUAACACUCCAUUGACUGACCUCUCCUCCUGCUGCCACCACACCAGGUGCCCAACUACCUCCCCUCCAUUAGUGUGUCUCUCUGGACUCAUUAACUGACCUCUCCUCCUGCUACACCUCCUCUCCACCAGGUGCCCAACUACCUUCCCUCAAUCAGUGCGUCUAUCAGUCUGGUCCCAGAGCGCUAUAUCUGGAGGUUCUGUAUCGGCCUGCACUCCGCUCCUCGUUUCCUGGUGGCUGCGGCCUACUUCAGCUUCUACCGCGGGCGGUUUGCUAAGAGCUUCCCUGACCUGGCCCUUAGUGGCCUGGCUCUCAUAGCUGCCCUGGCUGAGAACGUAGGCCUGCUGUUGCUCACCUAUGUGUCCUCUACGGAGACCUACAGUGAGUAGACUGAUGCACACAGGCAUGCACCAUAUAUACAGUGAGGGGGGAAAAGUAUUUGAUCCCCUGCUGAUUUUGUACGUUUGCCCACUGAUAAAGAAAUGAUCAGUCUAUAAUUUUAAUGUUAGGUUUAUUUGAACAGUGAGAGACAGAAUAACAACAAAAAAAUCCAGAAAAACGCUGUUAUGUUAUAAAUUGAUUUGCAUUUUAAUGAGGGAAAUAAGUAUUUGACCCCCUCUCAAUCAGAAAGAUUUCUGGCUCCCAGGUGUCUUUUAUACAGGUAACGAGCUGAGAUUAGGAGCACACUCUUAAAGGGAGUGCUCCUAAUCUCAGCUUGUUACCUGUAUAAAAGACACCUGUCCACAGAAGCAAACAAGCAAUCAGAUUCCAAACUCUCCACCAUGGCCAAGACCAAAGAGCUCUCCAAGGAUGUCAGGGACAAGAUUGUAGACCUACACAAGGCUGGAAUGGGCUACAAGACCAUCGCCAAGCAGCUUGGUGAGAAGGUGACAACAGUUGGUGCCAUUAUUCGCAAAUGGAAGAAACACAAAAUAACUCAAUCUCCCUCGGCCUGGGGCUCCAUGCAAGAUCUCACCUCGUGGAAUUGCAAUGAUCAUGAGAACGGUGAGGAAUCAGCCCAGAACUACACAGGAGGAUCUUGUCAAUGAUCUCAAGGCAGCUGGGACCAUAGUCACCAAGAAAACAAGUGGUACACACUACGCCGUGAAUGACUGAAGUCCUGCAGCGCCCGCAAGGUCCCCCUGCUCAAGAAAGCACAUAUACAGGCCCGUCUGAAGUUUGCCAAUGAACAUCUGAAUGAUUCAGAGGAGAACUAGGUGAAAGUGUUGUGGUCAGAUGAGACCAAAAUCGAGCUCUUUGGCAUCAACUCAACUCGCUGUGUUUGGAGGAGGAGGAAUGUGGAUGGAGGUGGAAACAUUAUGCUUUGGGGGUGUUUUUCUGCUAAGGGGACAGGACAACUUCACAGCAUCAAAGGGACGAUGGACGGGGCCAUGUACCGUCAAAUCUUGGGUGAGAACCUCCUUCCCUCAGCCAGGGCAUUGAAAAUGGGUCGUGGAUGGGUAUUCCAGCAUGACAAUGACCCAAAACACACGGCCAAGGCAACAAAGGAGUGGCUCAAGAAGAAGCACAUUAAGGUCCUGGAGUGGCCUAGCCAGUCUCCAGACCUUAAUCCCAUAGAAAAUCUGUGGACGGAGCUGAAGGUUCGAGUUGCCAAACGUCAGCCUCGAAACCUUAAUGACUUGGAGAAGAUCUGCAAAGAGGAGUGGGACAAAAUCCCUCCUGAGAUGUGUGCAAACCUGGUGGCCAACUACAAGAAAAGUCUGACCUCUGUGAUUGCCAACAAGGGUUUUGCCACCAAGUACUAAAUCAUGUUUUGCAGAGGGGUCAAAUACUUAUUUCCCUCAUUAAAAUACAUAUCAAUUUAUAAAUUUUUUGACAUGCGUUUUUCUGGAUUUUUGUUGUUAUUCUGUCUCUCACUGUUCAAAUAAACCUACCAUUAAAAUUAUAGACUGAUCAUGUCUUUGUCAGUGGGCAAACGUACAAAAUAUUUUUUUCCUCACUGUAUAUACACACACACAUGCACCGUACACACACACACGCAUGCACCAUACAUACAAACACAAACUGCUUUGUGCUUUAAGAUAUGUGUCCUCUACUGAGACCUACAGUGAGUACCGGUAGGUGCACAAGCAUGCAUCGAACAUGCAUACACACACACUGCUUUGCAUUCCAAGUUAGGACGUGGGACUGAUGCACCGUACACAUGCAUUCAUACACCCUUGUGACCAAAGGACGGGUGCAUUAAUGUAAUUUCAUUCAGUUUUAGAGUAAGUAACAGAUGUAGCUCAAUUGGUAGAGCAUGGCGCUUGUAACGCCAGGGUAGUGGGUUCGAUCCCCGGGACCACCCAUACGUAAAAACGUAUGCACACAUGACUGUAAGUCGCUUUGGAUAAAAGCGUCUGCUAAAUGGCUUUAUAUUAUUAUUAUUAUUAUGUACUGAUGUUUUUAGAGUUAAAUUCACUGCUGGGUUUGUGUUUGGCAGGUGUUCACAAGAAUGGUUUCAUCACGUUCACCGCCUGCUCUCUUCUGCACAUGCUCAUUACCUGCAGACUGUGGCAGGUGAUUAAGAAGUUCAGUCUCAACCCCGAGGUAGAGUACACACCCUCAUUCCCUCACCUUACCGAGUGUGUGUGUGAGUGCGUGUGUCUGUGUGCAUGUUUGUCAUUUGUGCUGUAUGCCUUCGUAUUGCCAUUCCUCUUCAGUCCUUGAGUACUAGCGUAAUCCUCGUCGUGUUAUCCCACUUUGUAAGACUUGUCGUAAAUGUCUCAACAUCCGACAAAAAAAAAGCUGCUGUUCGUUCUUGUACUUGGAACAGGACCCUUUCUUUUUAAAAUAUAUUUUUGUGAGUGAAAAUGCCAUUACUGUAGACGUGUGCCGGAGGCUGGGUCAUUACUGCUACAGCAGCCGUGCCAGAGAACAGGACCCUUUCUCACCACCCGUGACAGCGUUGAGCUACUGUUACCAGGGCCCCUAUUAAUAAAGAGUCUAAGAUGAAUUAUGCCUUUUGAUCAUAAUUAAUACUAUUGGACAGGGAGACCUGAUCCUAGAUUAGCAUUCCUGCUUUGAAAUGCUUUUUGAAUAUCAGAGAGCUCAUUAUGGCCCUGGCUCGUUAUGGACACACACACUGGUCUCUGAUAGCCUUUCAACACAAAUUGAGCCACAGUUUCAACACCAGCAAACAGGUGUGGAAAUUAAUUUAUAACCACACACAGAACUAUGAUGGUGUCACCCGAGUUGUGUGUGUGUGUGAGUCCACAGCUUGUUUAUUGUUAGUGUGUGGCUUGGUCUGUUCAGAGCAGAGCAGGGGAAGUGGGUUACGCACACUGGAACCAACCCAACUACCCUCACCAGCCUUAGGCACUCUGAACUCUAAAUACACUGUUACAACACCACCUGUUAUAGCUACAUUAUAACCGCUCACUGUGUGUCUCUCUGUCUCCAUCUCUUUCUCCCUCUCCGUCUCAAUCUCUCUUUCUAUCUGUCUUGAUCUCUCAUUCUCUUUCUGCGUCUGUCUGUCGGUCUCUCUCUCUCUCUCUCUCUCUCUCUCUCUCUCUCUCUCUCUCUCUGUCUCUCCCAGGAGUUCACGUCGUUUCGUUGGAAGGUGCGUCUCUUUCUCUUCAAUGUCAGCUGUUGUUUGGUCGCCGCCUACUUUUUCAGACGCCACAACAAGUACUGUGAACCAGGAAGUGAGUGUUUGGCUGCAUCCGUAUUGGAACCCUUUUCCCUAUAUAGUGUCCUACUUUUGAACAGAGUCCCACCCAUUUUUUACUUAUGCUCCUCUCAGCUCAGUCAAUCAGGUGCUGGUAAAGUCAUGUUUCCUAAUAUACAUCACCCUGUAGUAGAGGAAGUUUCAGUCGAAGUUGUCUGUGUUGAGGGUUUUGUUUCUCCAUUUCCCUCAUAUCUUUGUCAACCCCGGCUUUACCAGUAAUGAUAACACCAAUACUACAGUUUGAAAGCUCCGCUCCUUUGACCUCCACCCCAGCUGGUUUCUUACUCCUGUCUCUUCUAGUGUACACAUUCUCUCAACUCUUCUGUAACAUGCUAUGUAUAUCAUCUGUAUGAAUGUACACUACAUGAUCAAAAGUAUGUGGACACCUGCUCGUCGAACAUCUCAUUCCGAAAUCAUGGGCAUUAAUAUGGCGCUGGUCCCCCCUUUGCCGCUAUAACAGCCUCCACUCUUCUGGGAAGGCUUUCCACUAGAUGUUGGAACAUUGCUGUGGGGACUUGCUUCCAUUCAGCCACGAGCAAUAGUGAGGUCGGGCAGUGAUUUUAGGCGAUUAAGCCUGGCUCGCAGUCGGCGUUCCAAUUCAUCCCAAAGGUGUUAGAUGGGGUUGAGGUCAGGGCUCUUUACAGGCUAGUGAAGUUCUUCCACACCGAUCUCGACAAACCAUUUCUGUAUGGACCUCGCUUUGUGCACGGGGGCAUUGUCAUGCUGAAACAGGAAAGGGCCUUCCUCAAACUGUUGCCACAAAGUUGGAAGCACAGAAUCAUCAAUAAUGUAAUUGUAUGCUGUAGCGUUUUGAUUUCCCUUCACUGGAACUAAGGGGCCUAGCCCGAACCAUGAAAAACAGCCCCAAACCGUUAUUCCUCCUCCACCAAACUUUACAGUUGGCACAAUGCAUUCGGGCAGGUAGCGUCCUCCUGGCAUCCGCCAAACCCAGAUUCGUCCAUCGGACUGCCAGAUGGUGAAGCGUGAUUUAUCACUCCAGACAACGUGUUUUCAGUGCUUCAGAGUCCAAUGGCAGCAAGCUUUACACUACUCCAGCCGACGCUUGGCAUUGCGCAUGGUGAUCUUAGGCUUGUGUGCGGCUGCUCAGCCAUGGAAACCCAGAACAGUUCUUGUGCUGACGUUGCUUCCAGAGGCCGUUUGGAACUCGGUAGUGAGUGUUCCAACCAAGGAGACUAUUUUUACGCGCUACGCGCUUCAGCACUCGCCGGUCCCGUUUGUGUGGCCUACCACUUUGUGGCUGAGCCGUUGUUGCGCCUAGACGUUUCCACUUCACAGUAUCAGCACUUUCAGUUGACCGGGGCAGCUCUAGCAGGGCAGAAAUUUGACGAACUGACUUGUUGGAAAGGUGGCAUCCUAUGACGGUGCCACGUUGAAAGUCACUGAGCUCUUCAGUAAGGCCAUUCUACUGCCAAUGUUUGUCUAUGGAGAUUGCAAGGCUGUGUGUUCGAUUUUAUACACCUGUCAGCAACGGGUGUGGCUGAAAUAGCCGAAUCCACUAAUUUGAAGGGGUGUCCACAUACUUUUGUUUAUACAGUAUACCGCUCUCCUUCACUGAGACAAGUGACUCAUCUACUCUACUCCCUCCCUCUCUAUUUCCCUCUCCCUCCAGUCUACACUCUGUUUGCUCUAUGUGAGUACCUGGUGGUGCUCUCCAACAUGGCCUUUCACAUGACGGCAUUCUGGGACUUUGGAAACAAGGAAGUGAUGGUCACCACACCAACAGAGGACAAACACUACUGAAGACAGAGUGAGGGAGGACACACCCCUACUCUUCAUUCUCUUCAUCAUGCUGAAAGUCUUGGGAGGUGUGGUCAAGGGUUGGGCGAUGUCAACCAUUGUCCUAUCGUGAUUUAAGUAGCAGGUUGACGUUUUAUUGUCAUGAAUCUUGUCCUGGAGGCAGAACUGAUCUGUUGCCGCUAGAUCGGCCUCCUGCAAAGUUGUCUAUAUCAUAACAAAAAUGUGCUUUUUGGUCUU